CUACUCUUCUCCUGCUUUCUCUCUUCGCAGCGCUAAUUGCGAGACUUCACCGAAUAAUGACCGCCGAAACAGCAACCGCCGCACACGAUAACAGCAUCGUUACUAACGGAGAUGCUUCCAACGGUAACAUCACCGCUUCCUCUAAGAAAUCCCGCGAGAGCGACCGUCGCCGCCGCAGGCGGAAGCAGAAGAAGAACAGAAAAGCAUCCCACGCCGACGUAGAAGAAGAAGCGGACGCUUCUGAUUCCAAGGAGAACGCAGAUCCGCAGCAACAGGCUUCUGAGCAGAUUGUGAUAGAGUAUGUUCCAGAACAAGCCGAGUUUGGAGAUGGUUUCAGCGAUGAGUUUAAGGAGAUUUUUGAGAAGUUCAGCUUUCGGGAGCCUGUUGCCUCUGAGGACGACGCUAAGAAGGACGAGUCUGAGGAGAACAAAGAUGCGAAAAAGAAGGUUAACUCGGAUUCCGAGGCAGACGAUGAAGAUCAAGGCAAUGACCAAAAAGAGAAGGGAAUCUCUAACAAGCAGAAGAAGCUUGAACGGAGGAUGAAGAUUGCUGAGCUGAAGCAGGUAUCGGCUAGGCCUGAUGUCGUUGAGGUCUGGGAUGCUACUUCAGCGGAUCCUAAGUUGUUGGUGUUUUUGAAGUCGUACCGGAAUACAGUUCCUGUGCCAAGACAUUGGUCCCAGAAGAGAAAGUAUUUGCAGGGAAAGCGUGGUAUAGAGAAGCUGCCAUUUCAUCUUCCUGAUUUCAUUGCUGCCACCGGCAUUCAGAAAAUUAGACAGGCUUACAUUGAGAAAGAAGAUGGUAAAAAGUUGAAGCAAAAGCAACGGGAGCGUAUGCAACCAAAGAUGGGAAAAAUGGACAUUGACUACCAGGUUCUCCAUGAUGCAUUCUUCAAAUACCAAACAAAGCCGAAGCUGACAGCGCUUGGGGAUUUGUAUUUUGAAGGGAAAGAAUUUGAGGUUAAACUGAGGGAAACGAAACCAGGAACAUUGUCACAUGACUUGAAAGAAGCUCUUGGUAUGGCUGAAGGUGCUUCUCCCCCAUGGCUAAUCAAUAUGCAGCGAUAUGGUCCUCCCCCUUCUUACCCACAUCUGAAAAUUCCUGGUCUUAAUGCUCCUAUUCCGCAUGGAGCUAGCUUUGGUUAUCAUGCUGGUGGCUGGGGGAAACCUCCAGUUGAUGAAUUUGGACGUCCAUUGUAUGGAGAUGUCUUUGGCGUCCAGCAACAAGAUCAGCCCAAUUAUGAGGAUGAGCCUAUUGAUAAGAGUAAGCACUGGGGUGAUUUGGAGGAGGAAGAAGAAGAAGAAGAGGAAGAGGAGGAGGAAGAACAAGAAGAGGAGAUGGAUGAAGAAGAACUAGAAGACGGCAUGGAAUCGGUCGAUACACUGUCAAGCACUCCAACUGGCAUUGAAACACCGGAUGCAAUUGAGCUUCGUAAGGAACAGAGAAAGGAACCCGAUAGGGCUCUAUAUCAGGUACUUGAAGAGAAGGGAGAGAGUGUUGCUCCUGGAACAGUGCUGGGAACCACACACACAUACGUCAUUAAAACUGGUACUCAGGACAAGGCGGGAGCUAAAAGGGUUGAUUUGCUUAAAGGACAAAAGACAGAUCGUGUGGACGUCAGCUUACAGCCAGAAGAGCUGGACGCCUUGGAGAAUGUUUUACCUGCCAAGUAUGAGGAGGCGAGAGAAGAGGAGAAACUUCGCAAUAAGCCAGAGGACUUCAGUGACAUGGUCGCAGAGAAUUCGAAGAAAAGGAAGCGUGAUAAGGAAGGAAAGAAGAAGAAAGAUUUCAAAUUUUGAGAAAGCUUUUCAAUUCAUGGAAGAACUCCGGAAUCUGGACGUGUGUGUGUGAGAGAGUGAUUCAUUCUCCUGAGAAUGUGUUAGCUUUUACAUAAGCUUGAAGGAGGAAGGCAGAUGCAUAGAAAAGAUAUCUUUGAGUUUUUUUUUGUCAACAUCUUUGAGUUUAUAAAAACCUAUAAAUGUUAUGGAUUCUAAAUGCUAUGUCACUUGAAAUAAAAAAAAACACUUGUUUGCACAAAUUUUAAGUCUAAAAGCCUGAAUUGUAAAACUGAAAGAGUAAGCAACAUCGUUUUUGUUGAGAUCGUUC